AUGUCGCGUAUGGCGCUUGAUAUUGCAUCAUAUCAUCUAUGCCCUUGGACGCCCCAUCUAUGGAUGAUGUUGAUUCCGCAGCUCCCGCUGUCGGCAGAUUUUCAGUCCAUUAUGCUGCUUCCAUUUCAAGCCAUGAAGGCAGCCAUCUCAGCUCUUCUUAGCAAUGAUGCGUCGUCAAGAGCGGCAGCGUACGGGUAUUAUUCAAGCGGCUUGGAGCGCCACCAGGCUCAAUUUCAUCGGCUUGUUCCAUGGCGGAAGCACCGGAAUUUGCCAUCUAUUUUGAAUCUCCUUCUCAUGUCCAUGGCGCUGUUGGAAUUUGAGAUGAUGGCACCUCUUGCUACGGACUCAUGGUUUCCCCAUGCUUAUGGCGCCCUCAGCCUCCUAGAGCAAGCGGGACCCGAAGGCUGCCAGACGUCGCCAUUUUUUGAGAUAUUUUGGCACCUGCGUUUUCUCAUGUCAUACGUAGCGCUAUCCACUCGCAAGACUUCACUCCUGGGGACUCAAGACUGGAUGGAGGUACCCUUUCUACACCGUGGUAAAACCGAAUUCGACCGCGUCAUUGAUACGCUUCUUUCACCAGAUGCAAAAUUGGCAACAGGAAAUGGUUUCGACACCAGCACUGACAAAUGGGAAACGAGCAGCGGCAGACACAGCACAGAGUCAACAGCUGCUAGUUUAAACCGAAUUGCUGGUUCUGAGCAAAUAAUUCGCAUUCUCGUAAAUUUGCGAGAGCUUGUAUCGGCAUACCGAUCAGAGGAUAGUUCUGAGAGGCAAAUCUCUCUAUCGGGAGCUAUCCUCGAGGACUCGAAGCUCCUACUUAGCCAGCCUCCUCUGUCGUUUAACAUAGGGUUGCAAGUCAUAUCUGCAGUGAGUUUGGUGGUUCAAUAUGCACCCGACUCCCUACAAAAACAAGAUGCGACGCAGCUAUAUGCUUACUGGCAUGGGCGUCUUAUGUUAAAGCCAUGA